AUGCAAAGGUAUCAUGGAGGAAGCUGCACUAGUGCAGUCAAUAACAGUGCUUUUGGGGGGAUUCAAGCAAGGGAUGCGUCCCGUGCUGAAUCACCUGUUGUACCACCAACCUUCUCUCUGAACCCAAGGCGCUCAUCCCCACCAGCACCAUACAAAGUGAGGUGUGAAAAGGAACAGUUGAAUUCCCGACUUGGACCACCUGACUUCCAGCCGCCGACUCCAAACUGUCCUGAGGAGACACUUACGCGGGAGUAUGUGCAAUCUGGCUAUAGAGAAGCUGUUGAAGGACUUGAGGAAGCUAGAGAAAUCUCACUAUCUCAGGUUCCAGUGCUCACAAAGCCCGUAAUUAUUAAGUGCAAAGAGGCAAUCAGAAAAUGUCAUAGAGCUAUCAAUGAGUCUCGUAUGCAGAAAAGAAAGGCAGGUCAAGUUUAUGGGGUCCCACUUUCUGGUUCAUCAGUCACUAAGUAUGGUGCAUUCCCUGAUCUUCGACCAUGCGGGGAAGACUUCAAGAAGAAAUGGAUUGAGGGAUUAUCCCAACCGCAUAAAAGAUUGCGCUUAUUGGCUGACCAUGUUCCUCAUGGUUAUAGAAGGAAAUCUCUGUUUGAAAUCCUUAUAAAAAAUAAUGUUCCAUUAUUGAGAGCUACAUGGUUCAUCAAAGUAAAUUACCUUAAUCAGGUUCGUGGGGCAUUUUCUAAUUCAUCAUUGAGUGUCAAUGAAAAAACUCAAUUGUCACGUUCAGAGCUGUGGACAAAAGAUGUUAUUGAAUACUUGCAGUACCUCUUGGAUGAAUUCAUGGCAAGAAAUGUUUCUCAUUCAACUUUGCCUGUGCGACAACGGUCAUCACAAAUGGUUUAUGCUGGUUCAGUGCAGCAAAAAAGUGAUUCAUUUUCGUCUGUCGUGGAUGUUGGGGAGCCUUCACUUAACACUAAAUGGUGGUAUGUUGUAAGGAUUAUUCAGUGGCACUAUGCUGAAGGACUUCUUAUUCCUUCUUUGAUUACGGAUUGGGUUCUUAAUCAACUGAAGGAGAUGGAAUUGCUUGGUGUUCUGCAGUUGCUACUGCCCAUCAUAUAUGGCGUUAUAGAAACUGUUGUCUUAUCACAGACGUAUGUGCGCAGUCUGGUUGGAGUAGCCAUUCGUUUCAUACGAGAGCCUUCUCCAGGGGGUUCUGAUCUUGUUCAUAAUUCUAGAAGUGCGUAUACAACUACUGCUCUUAUUGAGAUGGUCCGAUAUUUAAUACUAGCUGUUCCGGACACUUUUGUUGCUUUGGAUUGUUUUCCUCUGCCAGCAUGUGUAUUAUGUGAUGCUGUGAAUGACAGACAUUUCUUAUCCAAAAUGACUGAGGAUGCUAGGAGAGUGAAAAAUAGUCAAAUUGAAGUCAAUGGUGUCUGUAAAGAUAAGAUUCGAGAUGCUCAGACUGAGCCAUCAUCCUCUCUUGGCAUCGUAUCCUUGAUUCAAAAAUGUGCAGAGACUUUAUCAAGAGCGGCCAAACCUAAUCAUUCUGGACAUAAUGUAGCUAAAGGCUCGCGAGUGUUGGACCAAGCUGUCAUGCAUGGAGAUAUUGGGGUUGCUUACAAAUUGCUCUUUGAAAAUAUGUGGUAUGGAGCUUGGGCUGAAAGCUGGAUUUCACAAGUGAGCCCCUUCUUAUAUACGUCACUGGAGCACAUCAGUACUGUAGCAUCAUCUUUAGUUUGCUCUAUCUUUUUUAUAUGCGAGUGGGCGACUUGUGAAUUUAGGGAUUUUCGUGCCACACCUCCUCAAGGUGUGAAGUUCACUGGUAAAAGAGACAUGUCUCGGAUAUACAUAGCAAUUCGACUUCUAAAACAGAGGAUGAGUGACAUGCCGAAUCUGCGCCCUUCCGAGAGGCAGAGAAGUGGAGGUAUUUCUGAUAUCUCCGUGAGUCCUGGACCUUUGCAUGAUAUUAUGGUAUGUUGGGUUGAUCAGCAUGAAGUGCAUAGUGGAGAAGGUUUCAAGCGCUUGCAGCUUCUGAUUAGAGAAUUGAUUGAAUCUGGCAUUUUUAGUCCUCAGGCAUAUGUCAGACAGCUGAUUAUAAGUGGAAUCAUGGAAAGGAAUGGGCCUAUGGUUGAAUUGGAAAGGCAAAAAAGACAUUGCAAACUCUUGAAGGAAUUGCCUGCUUCUUAUGUCUGCGAUGCUAUAGAACAAACAAUUGGAACACCAAGCACAGUGGAGGUAAUGGAUAUUUAUUCAAAUGAACGGAGACUGGUGCUUUAUGGGCUAUUUGAACAUAAAAAAUCUACUGCCAAUGCAAUUGGUUCAGUUAAGCAAAAGAAACAUCCAUUUAGUCUCACAGGUGGAAGUGGUUCACCAUCUUCUAUUGACGUGGAUUUCAAGCUUGAAGAAUUAAAGGAUUCAAUUUGUGCUCUGUUGCAUUUACCCACGUCUGUAUGUCGAUUAGACACUGGAAAUGAUGAAGCUCGAGGGAGCAGUAAGAGGCCCGGUGGUCCUACUAAUGGAGUCGAUUCCAGUGAAGAAAUAUCAGGAUGUGAAGAAUGCAAAAGAAUGAAAAGACAGAAAUUAAAUGACGAAAAGACUUCAUGGCCAGCAGAUGAAGAAGAGUUAUGGUGGGCAAGUAAGGGACUAAAAUAUGUGGGAUCUUCCAGAACGGAGCCACCCCCCAAGCCUGCCAAACAGUCAUCAAGAGGUAGGCAGAAAAAUGUCCGUAAAACUCAAACUCUUGCACAGUUAGCCGAUGCUCGGAUUGAAGGCAGUCAAGGAGCAUCAACGAGCCAUGUAUGUGAAAGCCGGAUAGAUUGUCCUCAUCAUAGAACUGGUUUUGAUGACAUCUCAAAAUCUGUAGAGGGGUCCAGAAAACCACCUUCGGCGGAUAUUCUUUUAAUUGGAAAAAUUCUGAAGAAGAAGCGGUUUGUUAACAAGAGGACUGUGGCUGCAUGGUUGAUAUCCGUUGUUAAGCGUUUUAUUGAAGAGAGUGAAAAGCUUGCUGCCAAGGGUGGCCCAUAUGGUAGGCCAAUGGCACUUGCUGAUGGUCAGAACUCCUUGAGAUGGAGACUUGGUGAAAAUGAACUGUCAGCAAUUUUAUAUAUAUUGGACGUUUGUGAUGAAAUAGUGUCUGCUGCAAGGUUUCUUCUUUGGUUGUUUCCUAAGCUUUCAAGCAAAAUGAGUUCUAUCGUCCAAAACAGGAACACUCUCAUGCAUUCUAGGAAUGCUGAAAACCAUGCAUGUGAAGUAGGGGAGGCAUUUCUCUUAUCAUGUAUUCGCAGGUAUGAAAAUGUAAUCGUUGUUGCUGAUCUAAUUCCUGAAACCUUGUCUCUCGCAAUGCAUCAUGCUGCAGCAGUCUUGGCAUCUAACGGCAGACUUUCUAGUUUGCCAUCCAUGGUUUACGCCCGUCACCUCCUGAGGAAGUAUGGCAAUGCAGCUAGUGUUGCUGAAUGGAAAAAGAAUUUUACAUCCACAAGUGAUAAAAGACUUAGUUCCGAGCUUGAAUCUGGAAGAUCUUCUGAAGGGGACUUCGGAUUUCCCUUCUGUGUCCCAAACGGAGUUGAAGACCCUGAUGAUUAUUUCCGUCAAAAGAUUAGUAGCGUCCGAAUGUCCAGAGUUGGUCUGAACAUGAAAGAAAUAGUGAACAGACAUAUAGAUGAAGUUUUCCAAUACUUCUAUACAAAAGAUAGGAAGCCUUUUGGAUAUGGCUCUAACAGAAGUGCUAUGGCCGAGAAGUGGGAGGACAGCCACCAGAUGGCUAAGCAAAUAGUGAUUGGAUUGAUGGACUGCAUGAGGCAAACUGGUGGGGCCGCUCAGGAAGGUGACCCCUCUCUGGUGUCUUCGGCUGUUGCAGCAAUCGUUAAUAAUGUUGGACAGGUUGUUGCUAAAAUUCCUGACCUAACUUCGGGCACUAAUAGCUUAAAUUCGUCUCCACCUUCCGGCUCGUUAAAUUUUGCACGGCACAUUUUACGCAUUCAUAUCACUUGCUUGCGCGUAUUGAAGGAAGCUCUUGGAGAACGCCAGAGCCGGGUCUUUGAAGUUGCUUUUGCUACGGAAGCUUCUUCAGUUCUUAUGCAAGCUAUUGCCCCUGGAAAGGGGGCUCGAAGUCAAUAUCAGUUGUCCCCAGAAACUCACGAUUUCAGUUCUAAUUUAUCAAAUGAAACUUCAAACAAAUCAACAGUUCUUGGGAGAGCAGCUAGAAUAUCCUGUGCUGUUUGUGCACUUGUCAUUGGUUCAAUUCUGCAGGGAGUAGCUAGUCUAGAGAGGAUGGUGAGUCUGUUUAGAUUAAAGGAAGGGCUGGAUCUUAUUCAGUUUGCAAGGGGUCUGAAGUCCAAUGUAAAUGGUAAUUCACGUUCCAUGGUGAUUCUGAAAGUGGAUAAUGUGAUUGAAGUUUCUGUGAACUGGUUUAGGGUCCUCGUGGGGAAUUGCAGAACUGUUUGCGAUGGAUUUAUUGUGGAUCUUUUAGGUGAAGCCUCAAUUGUAGCUCUAUCUAGGAUGCAGCGAACACUGUCAUUGAAUGUGGUUUUCCCUCCUGCCUAUUCUAUAUUUGCUUUUGUUGUAUGGAAACCCAUCCUUGAUGCAUGCUUUGGAGUACGUGAAGAUUUCAACCAAUUGUAUCAGUUAUUGAUCACAUGUAUGGGUGAUGUUAUAAAGCACCUGCCGUUUCGUGAUAUAUGUCUGAGAGACACUUAUGUCCUGUAUGAACUCGUAGCUGAAGAUAACCUUGAUCUUGAAUUUGUUUCCUUGCUAGAAGCUAGUGGUGCUGAUAUUAAUUUGAAAGCUGCCGCCGUGGUUCCUCUCCGUUCGAGACUUUUCCUGGAUUCUCUCAUAGAAUGUGAAUUGCCUCUACCAAUGGCUGACAAGAAUAGGGUUAGCGGGCAUGGUUUGUUGAAAAAACAGUGUGGGGAAAACGUGAAAAAGCUUAUGAGCAAGCUUGUGCAUGUGUUGGAUACAUUGCAGCCAGCGAGAUUUCACUGGCAGUGGAUUGAGCUGAGGCUCCUACUCAACGAGCAGGCAAUCAAUGAGAAGAUGGAGAUUGAUAUCUCCUUGAUCGAGGCCAUAAAGUCUCUCGCACCUAAUCCGGACAAAAGUACUGCUUCUGAGAGUGAGAGCAACUUCAUUCAAAUUAUUCUCACCAGGCUACUGGUCAGGCCCGAUGCAGCUCCUUUGUUUUCUGAGCUUGUCCAUCUCUUGGGAAAAUCGCUCGAGGAUUCAAUGCUGUCUCAAGCAAAAUGGCUACUGAGAGGUGCUGAAGUUCUUUAUGGGAAAAAAUCGAUCCGGCAGAAGGUUGUAAAUAUUGCUGCCGAGUUUAAAGAACUCUCCCUAAAACCCCAGCACUGCAAGCCAUGGGGAUGGUGCUCUUCUGAUGUUAACUUAUUAGCUAACAAAGGCGAAAAAUGGAAAUCUGAAGGCUGCGCCCUAGAAGAAGGGGAAGUUGUUGAUGAAGGAGCAGAUUCAAACUCAUGUGGAAAAGGAUUGGGUGCUUUGGAUGUUGAAGGCUUUAUCGUCAGUCAACAGCACGUGACCGAAAGAGCUCUUGUUGAGCUAAUCCGUCCGUGUCUGGAUCAAGGCUCGGAUGACCAGCGUUAUAAUUUUGCAAGUGAAAUGAUCAAGCAAAUUAGUAAUAUCGAGCAACAAAUAAAUGCAGUUACUUGUGGAGUCGGCAAGCAAGCUAUGGCUCCCAGUCCUGCAGUCGGAACUCCUGCAAAUAAAAGUAGCCACAGAAAAAGUGGAAAAAGUGGGAGUCCAGGAAUAUCGAGGCAGUCGACUGGAUCAAUUGAUACUGUUCCUCCUUCUCCUGCAGCUUUGCGGGCAUCUAUGACUCUGAGAUUGCAGUUCCUGAUUAGGUUGCUCCCAAUUAUUUGUGCAGACAGGGAGCCUUCAGUUCGGAAUAUGAGGUAUGGUCUUGCUACAGUUCUUUUGCGUCUCCUUGGAAGCAGGGUUGUGCAUGAAGAUGCUGGCCAUUUUGUCAAUAGUCAAUCAUUUGUUACGCCAAAAAGAGACUUGGAAUAUCUCAAGGAAACUUCUGCUGAUGGCGAACUUUUAUGUGGGAAAGGUAUAUUCGACUGUCUAUUGUUGGUACUGAAUGUGUUGCUAAGCUGUCACCAGCCCAGCUGGUUGAAGCCCAAGUCUGAAUCCAAGGACACCCAGCCCAGCAAGGGAUACACCGCUUUUGAUCAUGAAGUUGCAGAAAACAUGCAGAAAGAGUUGAACCGUAUGGAAUUGCCCGAGAUAAUCCGGUGGCGUAUCCAAACUGCAAUGCCAACUAUUUUCCCAAACUUCAACUGUUCUGUCCCUUGCAAGCCACCAUCAGUGUCCUUCAAUGCCCUCGCCUGUCUUCAGCCAAGCAAUACUGUGACCAAAUUCAAUUCAAACCUGCCUUUUCCUCAAAGAAAUCUUUCCAUUCGCUCGUCCUCAAAUCUGAAGAGCAAGCCACAACAGGAUACUGACACCGAUAUUAUCGAUCAGUGGACUCUUCUGGAGGAUGGGACCGGGUUGGGCCCUCCUUCAGCCAACUCAACCAGUAUAAGUGGUGAUAAUAUGAAUUUGAAGGCGUGCAAUUGGCUCAAGGGGGCUGUGAGAGUGAGAAGGACGGACCUCACGUAUAUUGGGGCGGUUGAUGAGGACAGCUGA